AGCAUCAUAUACGGCUUCCGAAAAACUUGCCAUUAUUCAUGAAGCCAAAAAAAUUGGCAUCUUAGCUGCAGAACGUCGUUUUGGUAUUGAUCGACGUGUUGGUGCUGGGAGAUUCUCAGCGUAUCCUGCUGCUGAAGAAGAACUUGUUACAUGGAUAAAAGAACUUCAUCUGGUCGGAAUUGCUGUAACAGCUGGGGCUAUCAAACUACAAAUGACUACUAUUCUUGCAACAACUU